CACUACCCAGCCAAAACAAAGCGCCGUCCCUCUGCACCAAAUGGCCGACGCCCCUCACCGCUCGCCGGGGCUAACAGCUGCACCUCUCUCCCACCCAAGCUGACAGAGACAUGGCACAGCCGCCUUCUCCCUGUCUGCGUCGGUGGACCCAUCCAGCCCAUCCAUUCCACAAAUGUGCCUACGUAUACGUAA